CACACCUCUCUUCCUCCUCUGCCUCCUUCUCUCCCUUGCACGCUCACCAAACGCCGCCUCCUAUGCUCGCCGGCGACGGCCGCGACACCGGCCACCUCGGCGUGGAUGAGGGGGCCUUGGCCUGGUGGAGAUGGCGGCGCACAACCAGCAUUUGGCGCACGAUCCACUAAGCCCGCCUGCAUCGAUGAGCUGCUACCCUUGUGAGAUCCUGAAGUCAACCUCUGAUUGAACUACGAGCUACGCGUAAGUUUCUUCCGUCGAUCUGCUCUUUUUGUUGAUUGAUUUUAUUUUUCCCUUCUGAUCCACAUAUUAGUGCCUUUCCCAUCCCAAUUUCACUCUUGAACUGUUCGUCCACCUUCUGAUUUGUCCUGCAAUCAUGAGCAGAUGGCAGGGGCUGAUCCACCAGCAAAAAGGAUCAGCGGAGCAUGACCCUCUUCGAUCAAGCACCCGCAGGUCUGACUUCCUCCCAUCUCAAUUCUUCGCCGAGACGCCCAGGCCGAGCUGCGCCGCGUCCGACACGGGGAGCGAGAUCUCCUUCCUCUGGACCGCCGGCACGACCGACCUCGCCGGUGACGAAUCGGACUCCACCAGCCCGAGGAAGAGGAAGGAGAAGAGGAGUUCGCGCCGGUGGGUUGGGGCCAGGCCGUGCAGGCGGGAUACAAGAGCUGAUGAACUCGGUAUUUUUGCCCUGCGGCACCCCCUAGAUACAAAAGAAGAAUAGAAGAGGAAGUAUCGAAUAUCUGUUGGAUGAGAGUUUUUUUUUGUCUCUUUUUUUUUAACUAAUUUAUCCAAAAUACAAGAGCUAUUGGAGAUGCAUGAGAGGUCCCGGCCCAAGUAAACCGUGGCCUCCCUCCCUCCUAUUUAUUCCCAUCUCGCCAAACGCCAAAGCCCUAAACCCCUCGCCUCGCGUCGCCGCACACGUCGCCUGUCGACUUGUUCGCCGAUCCCAUCGCCUGCUCCCCUUCCUUAGCUUCCUCCUCCGGCGAAGGCAAUCCGGCGGGGGCGGCCGGCAUCAUGACGCGAAACCGCGAGCCGGUCCCGCUCGAGGUGGGGUGGAAACAAAUGGAAGCCGGCACCAAAAAGCUAGAGCGCAUCCUCGACGACGAGCCCGGCGUUGCCUUCAAGUCCGAUGAGUACAUGAAGCUCUACACGACGAUAUACGACAUGUGCACGCAGAAGGCGCCGCACGACUACACGUCGGAGCUCUACGAUAGGUACAAGAUGGUCUUGGACAAGUACAUCACCGACACCGUGUUGCCCUCCCUGAGGGAGAAGCACGGCGAGUUCCUGCUUAGGGAACUGGUGCUCAGGUGGAAAAACCAUAGGAUAAUGGUCAAGUGGCUGAGCAGGUUCUUCAACUACCUUGACCGCUACUACAUUCCACGAAGGUCAAUUGUGGGGCUCAAAGCAGUUGGCCAGAGUUGCUUCGAAACUCUGGUCUACGACGAACUCAAAGCAACAGUGACAUCGAUUGUGAUUGCCAUGAUCGACGAGGAUAGGGAGGGCCAGAUUAUAGACCGUACCCUUAUCAAGAAUGUUCUUGAUACCUAUAUUGAACUUGGCCAGGAUCUAACAACAGAACAUCAACCCACCAGGCCUGAUUCCGGGUCAAAGCUUUACAGCGAGGACUUUCAAGAUGCAUUUCGUCAGGGUACAGUAGAUUAUUAUUCUAAGAAGGCCCAAACCUGGAUCGUGGAGGAUACUUGCCCUGAGUACAUGCUUAAGGCUGAGGAGUGCUUACAAAAAGAGAAGGAACGAGUUGCACAUUAUUUACAUUCAUCUACUGAACCGACACUAAUGGAGGCUGCACAAGGAGAAUUGCUAGCUAAGCUCAUCGACCAAAUCCUUAAGAAGGAGAAUUCUGGCUGCAAAGUUUUACUUUGUGAUGAAAAGGUUGAAGAUUUGUCAAGGAUGUUUAGGCUAUUCUCUAGGAUUAAAGAUGGUCUGCCUCCAGUAUCUAAAAUAUUCCAGGAGCAUGUCAACAAAGUAGGCAUGUCAUUGGUGAAACAAGCUGUAGAUGCUGCCACCAGCAAGAAGAACGAGAAAAAGGAUGUAGUGAGUGCGCUGGAGCUGGAUUAUGUGCGGAAAAUCAUAGAUCUCCAUGACAAAUACAUGGCAUACGUCCUCAAUUGUUUCCAGAACCAUACACUAUUUCACAAGGCACUUAAGGAGGCCUUUGAAGUUGUUUGUAAUAAAGAUGUUGCUGGCUGCACUAGUGCCGAAUUGUUUGCAUCGUAUUGCGACAAUAUUCUUCGAAAAGGCGGAAUCGAAAAACUUAGUGAUGAAGCAAUUGAAGAGAACCUUGAUAAGGUUGUGAAGCUUCUGACAUACAUCAGUGAUAAGGACCUAUUUAUUGAGUUUCAUAGGAAGAAGCUAGGGAGGAGAUUGCUUUUUGAUAAGAGUGGCAAUGAUGAACAAGAGAGAAGCUUACUUUCCAAGCUAAAGCAGCAUUUUGGAGGGCAGUUUACUUCAAAAAUGGAGGGCAUGCUAAAUGAUAUUUGUGCUGCAAAAGAAAAUCAAGCAAAAUAUGAUGAGUACAUCAGCACGAACCCGGAGUUGCAUCCUUCGGUAGAUCUGAGUGUUCAGGUUUUGACGACAGGAUAUUGGCCAACAUACAAAAGCAGUGAUAUAAAUCUUCCUUCAGAGAUGGUUAAAUGUGUAGAGGGGUUCAAGGAGUUUUAUCAAUCAUUCAAGAAACACAGAAAGCUUAACUGGAUUUUUUCCUUGGGAAGUUGCCACAUCGUUGGGAAGUUCGAUGUGAAACCCAUUGAGCUCAUUCUUACAACUUAUCAGGGGGCACUACUCUUGCUAUUCAACGAAGCUGAGAAACUAAGUUUCUCUGAGAUUGCGACACAACUAAAUCUUUCCGAAGAUGAUACUGCACGUGUGCUCCAUUCUCUCUCAUGUGGGAAGUACAAGAUUCUCAACAAAGAGCCAUGUAGCAGAACAAUCUCCCCAAAUGACAUCUUUGAGUUCAACCACAAGUUUACUGAUAAGAUGCGGAGGAUAAAGGUGCAACUUCCUCCAUCCGACGAGAAGAAAAAGGUCAUUGAUGAUGUCAACAAGGACAGGAGGUUUGCAAUUGACGCAUCCCUGGUGCGUAUCAUGAAGAGCCGCAAGAUCAUGACCCAUCAGAAUCUGGUUGCGGAGUGUGUGGAACAGCUCAGCCGCAUGUUCAAGCCUGACAUCAAAAUGAUCAAGAGAAGGAUUGAGGACCUUAUCACGAGAGAAUACCUGGAGCGCGAUGUAGAUGCGGCCAACUCGUACCGAUACUUGGCUUGAUUGGUCGAUGCUGACUGACUGCUGCAAGCCUCACGGCAGUGUCGCCACUUGUACAUUCUUGCUACAUCUAUAGGCAUAGUACGUAGGCUUUGAAUCUGGAUAGCUUAGGUUGGGAGAAACAGUGGAAAUGUGGGGAAUUAUUCAUGCUGUUUAUUAUAUGGUUACUUCUGAUUUGCUGCGAAAUAUGUUUGAUUUCUCCCCAA